CGAACUCAGUUUGAUUUUUGUAAUCUAAUCGGAUACUAGAACUUUUCGAUCCUCCAAUACAGUUCGCAGUUGAGUGAGUUGUUCCGUGAAGCUGGAUGUCGUGCUCUAAGUUUGAAGAGAUUUUCUUGGUUUAACUGUAUGGUCGUAAAUUUAGUGCACACUAGUGUCGGGUAACGGCUAGACGAGAUUCAAAUGGUGAAUCUGGUGUGAAUCCUGAGCGAUUUUCGAUUUCAAUUCAUUACCAAGCUGUGUUAGAAGCAGAAAAAGUGAAAUAGGAGAAUCUCCGCGUUGAUCCAAAAGGAUUCUUACCAAGAGGUUGUUGUUUAAAUAAAAGAAGAAAAAGGCCAAAGCGCAUCACCAACACCGCGCGUGGGUGUCAAAGCUAGUAUCAAGUGUGUAUUUUUGUGCAGCUGAAGUAGAAAACGCUACGAAAGUGUCGCCAACCGAUAUUUCAAGCAUCAACGUGAAUGCAAUUAGCUGCUGUCAGGCUUGCGUUGGAGCAGAAAAAGUGGAAGAGAAAGUUGUAAGGUUCAAACAGCGCGAGGGGUGUGAAUCGUGAUAGUAUCUGCGGGGCUGUGGUUCUAAAGUGUUUGAACAGUGUGAGCGUGGUACAGUGACACCUGGACAACCGGCGGACGACAGCAGACAGGCGGCCUUCGCAAGAAAGGAAACACAUCCACGAUGAGUGCUGAAGAGAGACGAGCCUCUUUCGCCAGACGGGCGGAAAGCUUGAUCGAGCGGGUGAGAAUACUGAAAACGAUUUAUGAGAGAUAUGCAGUCAAAACAGAGAAGAGUGGGGAACUCAUAGUCACGGUUCAGGGAGAUCUAUCGCAGCAGGAGAAACGUGCCGUCUUCCUCACCGUUCACGACCUGGGAUGCAACCAUACAUCGUUCGAGGACUUUGUGAACAGUGCGUGCAUGAUUGAGAUCAAAGAGCGCUCAUGUUUCAUCCACAUUGACGUUCCUGGACAUGCUGACAAUGCUCCCACUCUUCCGGAAAACUUCCAAUUCCCAUCGCUGCAGACGCUGGGCGGGGAUUUAAUCACCGUUUUGGACUUCUUGCACGUAAAGUACGUUAUCGGCAUUGGUGAAGGUGCUGGCGCCAACGUCCUGGCCCGAUUCGGUUUGGCACAUCCCUCGCGCUGCCUUGGCCUAAUCCUGAUCAACGUUACCGGGUCAGCUGCCUCCGUUCUGGACGCAUUCAAAACCAAGUUCAUCAGCUGGAAGGGAGACGAAAUCGGCCAAUCCGCCGAAGAUUUUCUUCUGUACCAUAAAUUUGGCUACCAACUUGUUGGCGACAAUCCGGACAAGGAGAAAAUCGUUAACGAGUUCCAGAGUCGACUGCACAGCUCCCUGAACAACAAGAAUCUUAAGCAAUAUGUGAAAGCAUUUACAAGCCGUGAAAAUUUGUGCUUGAAAAACUGUAAGGUUGAUCUAUUGCUGGUCACCGGGGUGAUGAGCCCCUACGCUGGCGUUGUAGAGAAGAUGUUCAAAGACUUGAACAAGGAGAAGGUUACUUUGCUGAAGGUCGAACGUGCUGGUGACGUUCUCGCAGAUGCUCCUGCCAAGGUAGCCCAGUCAAUUUUGCUGUUCUGCAAAGGCCAAGGUUUGCUGACCUCGGUAGUACUGCCUGGCGUGGAUCGCAACAGAGCUUUCUCAACCAGUUCGGGUGGAUCCUGUGAAGGUGGAGCGGGUGGUCGGCGCUUGUCACGUGGAAUGUCCAUGGAGGAUUACGAUAAGCCUAACAUCAGACGACUCAGCAUCACCAUCAACCAUGAGCAACUACCCCCGAUCAAGAAAUAAACGGUGCAUUGAUUGGAACAGUAGUGUUAAUUUCUACAUUUAUGACUAACAUUAUUUAUCGAAAAUGAGUAAGAAUCGAUGUGUACGAGAUACACAUAUGCAAAUUAUAUACCCUUAUGCAGGUAACAGCCACAAACAAAAAUCUGAUAUCAAUUUUUUAUAGAUGUACGUAUUUUGUCAUACUGAUGCAAGUAACAACAAUGAAGUAAGUCAUAACAAAAAGUCAUAUAACCCACAGACAACAACCUAGUUAAAAGUAAUAUUAGAGGGUAAACCAACUAUUCUAAAGCUAAACAAGAUAAAGUCAAAUAUACAACACUCUUCAAAAUUAGAAAACAUUUAUGAGAACAACAACUGCUCAUUGUUAUCUCCCUUUUGAAAUCAACAGUCUACCAGAGAAAGGAAAUACAGUCAGAAACUGAUCCCACGAAGCCCAAAAACAAACGAAAAUGAAAACUUUAAUUCAUAAGGAUUUAUUUUUUGAUUUUCAGAGCCUAUAUACAUCUUCUUAUACCUACUAUUGAUAAAAGUAAUUUAAACGAAUAAACGUAGAAAACUACCAUCUAGACGAAACCAACAUUAGCAGAUAAAAUGUAGUUCAUUAGCAGCUAUACACUCAUUACAAUGGUAACAAACCUAUGAAAAUUAUAUCUAUAUAUAGAAGUUAAGCAACUUUUAAAAACAAAACCCAAAAGUCAACUAAAUACAAAUUUAACUCAGAAAAAGGCUACUCCAAGCUAAAUAAUGCUAAGCGCAAAAGAUAAAAAGAAAACGUGCUGUAAUGGCUUUCAAUAUUCAAAACUAAAUUAAACAAUCGUCUCGUGGACGCACGUACGCUAUAUAUUGUAAUGCACCAUAGAAAUGAUAAAAAAUUAACUAAAUUUGGUCUGAAUAAAAUUUGAACCUUAGAGAUAAAAAUGCUAUACACAAAUUUGUUGCAUUGUUAAGCUCGCCAACACGAGUGGAAUAAAUAUAAUUUUUUUUAUUAGUUUGUAUCAGUUUGCUGAAACUGUCGUAGAAUAAUUUCAAAGAGAAUAAUAAACUUAUUUAAACCGUAUUACCACAGUAA